AUGCAGCAGCCACAAAAUAUUGGAGAUUUGGAAAUUUUAUGUAAGAGGAAUGGUCAUUCGUUACAGUUUUUUGUAGCGAAGCUAAAGGACGAUUUUGGUCAUGGUGGUCAUGCUGGGCUAAUUCAGUCGCUACUUGAUCAAGGGUUAGGGAUGAUGAUUUUCUGCAUUUCACAGAUUUCUGCAGAACUCACAAAAUAG